AUGGACGGCACGCAGGAUUCGACACCGCUGCAACCCCCUUCAGGAGGUCUCAAGAAGGCGUUCUCACGACAAAACCGAAGUCGUGUAACUCAAGGCCAGGACUUGGAAAGUAAUGCAAGCUCCGGUCGGAGCAAUGGCCGUUCCUCAGUGGACUCAACUCCGGAGAAGCGCCCAACAACUAGCGGAGAGCCAGGAGUGGAAGACUCUUCUAGUCGUUUAUCAAAACUGAUCAACAAUCGAAGGAAAAAGAAGCAGACCGUGGAUGACAAGAGGCCGAGUUCUGUUGCGUCUGCUGACUCCGCACUUGACCCUAGUAUGAACGGUACCCUGUCGAUGCGAAAUGGAUAUUCCGUUUCGGUGUCGUCCUCUGCAAAUGGCAGUACCAAUGAACUAGAUCAAUCAGCCGGCAUGGUUAAUCUACUGACCGAUGACUCUGAACCAGACCAUACACCUCCCCUUCUCUCGCACGACUCUCAUUCUGGGUAUCUCACCGCCUCUUCGCCAUUGGUUAGGACCACAACAGUAGGCGAGGAAAACGAUGAGCUCAAAGAGACUUCGUCAAUACAAUCCUCAUCACCCUCAAGACGACAUAGCAUAUCUGCCCCGGAAGCGUCAUUAGGCUAUUUAGGCGUAACAUCAACAAUAUCAGGCCCUGACUCGGAGAGUGUAAAGAAAAGGGCCGUCUCCCCUGCAAGACGACUAAAAGAUGCUUUCAAGCCGUCCCAAAACAAAAAAAGCCCUAGUGUUAGUCCGGACCGGGAAUCAGCACCAUCGGUGGGAAGUCAAAGAAAGAGGGGCCACAGUCUGCUUGGAGGUUCAAGCCGUAGAAGCAGUCUCUCUGACAAACGAUCUACGAAAAGAUCAGCGAGUCCGCCGCCUCCUCUACCAAUAUCCAUUUCCACGGAUUUCGUCGACUCGAGUAAAUCCCAGGUAACUGACACAGCGAAUGAUGUCGGAAUACCUUCCCCCUCGGCAACAGAUGACUCAAAAGUAACAGUAACUCCACCAACGCCGACUAAUCUAGCAGGAGAAUUUUCAACCCGUUUGACAGAGUCGCCAGAAACGGUGAACCCUGCGCCGUCAGAGUUUCCUCCUGGCACGGUUGUUAGUCCAUCGGGGAACAUGAUAUCACAUCGCCGGGUGCGUUCUGCAGGCGCUGUUUCUCAUACUCCAAGCAAACUAUCCCACAUUACAUCGUUGUCGCCCACGGUUGAGGAGCCCCGAGCCCCUAACUCACGUUCUCCCUCUGGCGCUCAAAGCGGAUUUUUCUCUUCGGUCUUCUCGGCCGCUCAGAACGCCGCUUCCACCAUAACGAACAGCCUUGGAGCUCAGAAUAAAAACCGUAUCACAAAUCAAUCAGUUGAUGACGACAAAGUUCAGGCAGACACUGCUAAUGAUGCGGAAAAUCAGGCAGAGGGCGCCACUCAGGAAAAGCAGAAAGAGCUCGCCAUCGAUACCCUUGGGAGUGGUGACUUGAAUUUCAGCCAUCUCGAUAUGGAUUCUGCAGCAGGUGGAAUUACCACAACAAAAGAUGGCGUUGUUAUCACCCAGCCAGAGCUAGCCCAAGAGCCGCGUACAUCCAGCAUCGCGGCAAGGAGAGAUCAAAUGUCUGCGCGUAUUGAAGAUUCGAGAGCAGCCAGAGCCGUUUCGAUGGCUUAUGAGAAAGACUUACCGUCAACCAAUGUAGCUUCUGCAUCCGAUGAAGCAAGCGACACUAAGUUCAAAUCUACCACGAUACUAUCAGAGAUGAGUGGAGAACAAACGCCCCCUGGAGGAAGCAUAUUCGAUGGAGACACCGGUGGUAGUAUCAAACGUACUGGAAGUGUGCGUAGUCGGCUGGCCCGACGUCACCGUGGCUCUUCAGGUGCUACUGGAUCAACAAUCGGUGCUAUUGGUCUCAGUGUAGGUUCACUAGCCAUGCCUAACAAUAACUCAAGUGUGCCACGCUUGACUGGUUUUGCUGUUGCAAGCAAAAAACGCAAUCGUGACUACCAUCAGCUUUUUAGAAGCGUUCCAGAGGAUGAUUUCUUGAUCGAGGAUUAUAGCUGUGCAUUGCAGCGAGACAUCAUCCUUGCUGGACGGAUAUACAUUUCAGAGGGGCAUAUCUGUUUCUCUAGUAAUAUUCUUGGAUGGGUGACAACACUCGUCAUAAGCUUCGAUGAGAUCGUAGCAAUUGAAAAAGAAAAUACAGCCAUGGUGAUCCCGAACGCAAUCGCUAUUCAAACAUUGCAUGCCCGACAUACAUUCCGAAGCUUACUCAGUCGUGAAGCGACAUACGAUCUGAUGGUCAAUAUCUGGAAGAUCAACCACCCCUCCCUGAGAAGCUAUCUCAACGGCAUGCGAAUUGACGAUGGGCUUGGUGACAAGACGGAAAAGGCAAAUGAAAGCGAUAUUGCCAGCGACGUGGCCGAUGAGGAUGAAAUUUAUGACGAGGAUGAGGAUAAUGAAGGGGAUAGCCUAAUCGAUGGCGGCGAUGAGAGCAUCAUUGGAAGUGAAUCUGUUGAACCUGUCAAACAGUUCAGCCGAGAGACAACCGGUUUGACCAUGCACUCAACUGAGUCGGCCACAGCCAUGUCAGCUGAUACGAAAUCAAAUGAUAAGGGGUUGUCUAUCUCAGGAGAGGCCAAUGACUUCCCUGGGCCAGCUACACACACGCCUACGGAGUACACUGACCCGUCAGGACGAUAUGAGAAAGUCGUGAAGGACGAUACCAUACCAGCCCCUCUAGGGAAGGUGUACACUAUGGUAUUUGGGCCGAACUCCGGGGCCUUUAUGAGCAAGUUCUUAGUGGAGGAUCAGAAGUCGAUGGAUUUACAAUUCGAAGACGACAAAAAGGGACUGAAUGACACUAAUAAAACCCGCCAAUACUCGUAUAUCAAACCACUAAAUUCAUCUAUUGGCCCGAAGCAAACGAAAUGUAUCAGUACCGAAACACUUGAUUUCCUCGACCUGGAGAAGGCCGUUCUUGUUACACUUACUACUCAAACACCUGAUGUCCCCAGCGGCAACGUCUUCAGUGUUAAGACCAAGUACUUAUUUACCUGGGCACCGAACAAUCAAACUCGAUUUUUCAUGUCUUGCACGAUUGAAUGGACAGGCAAGAGUUGGCUUAAAGGACCUAUCGAAAAAGGCGCCAUCGAUGGACAGAACGCUUUCGGGAAUGAUCUCGUUAGGGCUCUAAAGAGUGGUGUCAGUGCUCGCGUAGCCAGCGUCUCCAAAGGUGCUAAAACUCCCAAAGGUCGUCGGAAGAAGGGAGUAGCCAGUACUAGCAAGUCUGCGGCCGCGGCCGCUGCCGCGAGUGCCGCUCUCGAUGCGAAUAAACGGGAUCAACAAAAUUGGGGCAUGUUUGAACCUAUUCGCGGUCCCCUUAGCCCCAUUGUGGGAAUUCUCAAGCCUCUCUGGAGCGCGCAUAUGGCUCUUGGGAUCAUUGCAUUCUUGGUAUUCACGCUAUAUACGAAGGGGUUGACUACUACCACAACUGUUCCUCCAGAUAUGAACCUCGUGAGAUUCACGACUCCGCAACGGCUGGUCGCAUAUGAGGAGAUAUGGAGAGCUGAGGAGAACGAACUUUGGAGGUGGCUGGAGGACAGGGCCGGGAUGGAAGGUAUCAGCUUCCCGACUGGUGAUCAAAAACACGAGUCUGAGACACGUGCACGGAGACGAAGUCAGAAACGCCGUAACCAAUCUCUAGCCUCGAAGAUCAUCGAUGAACAAAUUUCGCAGCGGGAGAUGACUUAUGCCAUUCAGGUUGUUCGCGAUCGUCUUGACAAACUUGAAGAGGUUGUCGGCGGUCAAAACUAUGCCUCUGAACCGUGA